UUCGGCAAGUGGAAACAGCUGAGCGUCGCGAUCAGCUGUCGCGGCGUCGAAGACAACUCUCCGGCUUGCUGGUUUAUUCGCGACUGACGCGCGAUGGUGUUUUGUUUUUUUCAGGCAAGAGGGUCGAGGAGUCCCGUUAUAUACACGAGGAAGUCGCUGUGCGUUGUUAUGAUGACCCGCGGACGUUCGAGAGACGCGCGACGAGGCUAUAUGCUAUAGCUGUCUGUAGCGGGUUCGCUGCUCCGUGUGUGUGUGUGUGUGUGUUUGUUACGUAGAUAUACAUAUAGCUGCUCUUACGUUAUAUAGGCUGUAUAUUUUACCCAAGGCAGAUAUAGUCUACUUUUUUCGAGGUUUUCUUUGUAUAGAGAGCCAUUUUAGGUGGCAGAGGGGCUGACUCAUGGAGCGAAUUCGCUUGCGAGAGUCAACGCUGGAAAUUGCGGAUUUAUGUUGUCUGCGCUGAGUGCAUUAGCACUUUGCGAGUGCGAGAGCUCUAUGGAGAGCACAAAAGCGUGUUUUUUUGAAAGCAGCGCGAGAAGCGGUGCGCAGGCGCGCAGUCGCUCGGCUAUUUAAAUUUAAAACGUUGGUGCUAAUUUAUGCUUUUCGUGACGACCGGACCUAAGAGAGUUGUCUCUAUAAUUUGCUGAAGAUUACAUGUUUUACAGACUUUUUUUUGUAGUAUUUAUAAUAACGAAUUGUAGAUCUAUACGAGAUCUGCACUAUAUAUAGCUAUUAUAUUUACAAAGCGCAGCUCAUCUUAUCGCGGAUUUGCCACUCGCGUAGUACUGUUUAGCUCGCAGAAUAUGCAAUCCCAAUGCAUUUCCCCAAACUACAACUACACCUGUUCAGUCGAGGUUCAGCUCUACAGUCACAUAUAUAGGUAUAUAGUACGCCGCCUGCACUCGCGCGGUUGAUGCACAACCUCACGUGACCUAACCUUCAAGACAGUCGUUCCAACCGCGAUAGCGAACGGCCGCGCCGCGCCAUCGACGACGUCGCUCUCGCGAUUCGCAACGGCUGCUCGCGGCUUCACCGAGCUUUUUUUACUGAAAAACCGUUUAUCGAGAAAAAAACGACCGCGACCUCCGAGCUCUAGUCCAUUAGUGAAUUCGGUUAGUUUAGUGGAAGCCCAUGUGUUGUUGCCUUCGAAAACGGAGCUAAAAAGCCAGCGGCGUACAGAUAUACUAUCGGCUACGUGGAAGAAUAUGUCUGCUGCCAGUGACGUGUUGAUGUCCUCCUGACAGACACUUCUGGACCAUAUUUAUGCACGACAAUAAACCGAGUUAGCAAUGUGGGGCAGUUCAGAAGAGCCACCUGGGACAAUGGAGGCAGGCCCUCCUGAAUCAGUGGCCAAUCUAAAAGAGACAUGUGAGCAGAGUAAAAACCAAUUAGAAUCAGUAAAGGACAUUAUGCUAAGGAACAAGCAGAGCCUAAAGAAGAAAGAAGAGGAAUUGGAGGAAUAUGCCAACAAGUUAUCUAAAUUUAAGACUAGAGCAAAAGCAUCACGCACUCCUAAAGAUGAUGCAGCGUCUUCCAGCGAAAGUACUCCUAAAUCAAAGUCUGAUACAAGCACGGCUGAACCGUCCGAUGAUGUUGUUGAUGACAUCAGUCAAGCAAAAACUCCCAAAGCCAAGUCUUCAUUGUUACAGAAAAAACUUGCAGAGGACAGAAAAAUAUUUGAACAACGAAGCAAAGAACUUACUGAAAGCAAGAGGGCUGUUGAAGAGAAGGUCGAAGCACUUAGGCAGCAGCUGGAAGAGAGAUAUGUUGCCCCUGUCUCUGUUGUCAGUCCUGUACUUGUUACAUCACAGGGAGCUCAUCCUGUGAUGGAGCUUAGUCAUGUGCAAGAUAAAGACAACAAAAUUACAGAAUUGAGCAAUAAAAUAUUUGAGUUGGAGGCAGUUAUCAUUGACUUGCAAGAAAAUUUAAAGGAAAAAGACUCUGUUAUAGACUCAAAGACGAAAGCUAUUACUUUGAUGUCUGCAGACUUAUCAAUGAAGGGGAAAACUACGUUGGAUACUCUAGAAGACACAAAAGAUGAAAUGAGAUCAAUGCAAGAAAACUUUGUUUUAGUAGAAUCGUCUUUAAAAAGUAAAAAUGAUAAUUUAUUAAAACAACUGGAAGAAAAAGCAGAACAAAUAGCAACACUAGAAGAGAAUGUCCAAAGUUUGACGGAAAAAUUGGAAGCUCAAAAGCAAGCGGAAACUGUCAGUGCAGAUUUCUCGCGCUCAACAAUGGAUACUCUAGCUGAUACGAAGGACGCAAUGAAAUCGAUGCAGGAAAAUUUCGUUCUAAUCGAAACUUCGCUCAAGUCAAAGAACGAGCAUCUUCUUAAACAGUUAGAAGAGCGCGAGAUAAAAUUAGCGGAAUCUGAGGCAAGGAUAUUGAAUCUGGAAACUGGCCUUGGCAUUGAGAGACAACCUAAUGUUGAAGAAAUAACAUACAAGGUCGACAAAUUAGAAGAAAUGAAUCGUAAACUUCAGGACGAAAAAUACGAACUUCAAAAGAAUAUUGCUGAGCUCCAAGACAAGAUCAUCUCUACUGAAUCUCGCACUGAUGAGUCAAUAAUGGAAGACAAUAGAAUAGCAGAACUCGAAAGCUUAAUAGAGGAAUUGAAAAAAUCCAAUCAACAUCUGGAGGAGGAAUAUAAAGCUGCGCUGCACAAUCAAGUUGCCGAAAUGAACGAAAGGAACGAGACGCUGUCCAAUAAGAUCGUCGAACUCGAAAAACAAGUAAACGACGUAACGAACGACAAAAUUGAACUAGAAUCGAAACUGAGCGCUAUCGAAACUGAAGCUCCAAAAGAAGACGAGCAAGUGCAAAAGCUGACCAAGGAGUUGGAGGAAUUGAACAAGAGCAUGAUCAAGCUGAAGGCGCAGCAUAAGAAUAAACUCAAGAACUUGCAGAAGCAAUUGGAGAACUUCAAAAAGGUGUCCGAUAAGAACGCAGAAUUGGUUAAGCUUGGAAAUCAGGUCGCACUUUUGGAGGAGGAGAAAGGUAACCUUCAGCUGAGUCUGGUAGACUUUGACGAGCUUAAAGCCUCGGCGGGUGACUGGAAGGAGCGCAUUGCUGACCUCGAAGGUAAGGUCGCCUCGCAGGCUAAAGAGAUCGAGACGCACAUCGAGGCCAUCGCUAUCCUGGAGAACCAAAAGCUGGAUCUCAUGCAAGAACUGCAUGCAGUCAAGCAAGAGGUGUCCAGCUUGGAAGCCGAGAACGCCGAGUCCGAGAACCUUCGCGUCACAGCUGAGAUGAAGGUCGUCGACUUGGAAGAGGAGAUUGAGUCCCUUCAUAAACAGCAGCAAGCCGAGCCACUGACCGAUGCAGAGCGCAUUGAGUUCCAACGUCAAAUCGAAAAUCUCACUCAGGAAAAUGAGCGACUUUCCCAGAAGGUCAGCAAGCUUGAGGAGCUUAAGAGCUCCUCCGAGGUAGGCUCGACCGAGUCCUUUGUCAAGACCGGUUCCAAUGUCGACUCGACCGAAUCUUUCGAAGCUUUUGCCGCUGACGCUGACAAAGCGGAUCUCUUGAGGAAGAUCGAUGGUUUGACCAGGGAGAACGGUGCGUUGUUGGAGAAGCUCACGAGGUUCGAAGAGAAGGGCUCAUCGGACACCGGAUCCACCGAGUCGUUCGAGAGGAUACCAGAGCAUGGCGAGAGUACUUCUAGGCUGGAGAACCUCACUAGAGAAAAUUACGAGCUCGUGGUGAAGUUGACCAAGUUGGAGGAGAAACUCGCUGCUAGCGAAGCUGACACAAAGCUUCAAGAAGUUCUGCAGGAAAACGAACGAUUAGUCGCUAAAUUGAAGCAGCUAGAGGAAAAUGCGGUGGUAGAAGAAGUUGUGCGCGAGAAAAGGUCGGUAGAAGUUGAGGAAGUGCCGCGAACGCAGGAGCCCGAAAUUGAGGAGACGAGCUCCGAAGCUCCAACUGAAGUUCUAGUCGAAUCUACUGAAUCUCCGCCCCAUAUCGUGGACGAGCUCGUCGCCAAGAUUGAGGAAUUAAAAUCCAGCUUGGAGGCGAUCGGGCGUGAAAAAGAGGAACUAGCCGCAAAACUGAAGGAAAAAGAACCCGUCGCCCAAGAGCUACAGGUAGAGGAAACGAUAGUCCCCGCAGAAGCAUCCGUUGUGAAGAGCUCGGCUCAACAAGAUCCAUCGGAAGCCGAAUUGAAGUCGGAUGCCGUGCAGUCAGAGGCCAUAGCUGCUCUUGAGCGUGAAAUCGAGCGGUGUACCGCUCUGAUAGCCGAACAAAAGGCUGUUAUCGAAGACCUCAAAACAAAACUCGCAGAUAAAGAAGAGGAACUCGAACGUAAGUCCGCACAGUUGGCAAGCAGUGAGUCGCACGAUCAGGAUCAGCUGGAUGCUCAUGUUCUGAGACGAGAAUUAGAGGAGAGCGCCAGUGAGAUAGCUGAGUGGAAGCACAAGUGCGCGGAAAUGGAGGAAAAGAUGAAAGUGCUGGAGAAAGGCAGACAGCACAUCGAAGAAGGCUUCCAGGCACUGCAGACAGAGAAUAAGAACUUGCUCGAGCAAUCCGAGCACAAGGACGUUAUGUUAAGCCAAUUGAAAGAAGAGCUGGAUCAUACUAUUAGUGACUUCGAGGCAAAAUCCAGGGCGCAGGGAGAGGUGAUAGCUUCACAAGAGCAGUUGGUUGAAGAGCUGAGAAAAAACGUCGAGGAAAAAGAUCUGGAAUUACAAGGCAAGUACUCUCAGUUGCAGAAUGAUCUGAUCAAGAUGGACGAGUUGCAAGAUAAACUUGCAAGACUCGAGGCACAGGUGCAGCAGAGAGACGCUACCAUAGCAUCUCUUACCGAAGAAGUAGAGACUCUCCGGACAAAUGCCAGUGUUGUGGAAGAGGAUCUGUUUAUGGCGAGACACCAGCUGACGGAUCUGCACGAGAAAUUAAAGGAUUCGAAGAGCCUGGAAGAGUACAACCAACUUAUGGAGCAACUGAACGAUAAGACGAUGCUUGUCGAGGAGCUUGAAACGAAACUCUCGCAAAAGCUCGCCGAGGUGAAUGCUCUCAAAGCUCAAGUCGAAUCACUUGUCUCGGAGAAUCAUCAACUUCGCGAGCAAUUCCAGGUGGAUGAGCGCAGGAUUGCUGAUCUCCUAGACGAUAACCAUAACCAAGAAGAAGCUCUAAGAAGUUCAGAACGAGCUAAAGCUGAUGUAGAGAAUCGCCUAUUAGAUCUGCAGGAUGUUCAUGAAGAGAACCUUCGUCACGCGAAGAACGUGACUACGGAGCUGCAAAAUUCCUACAAAAUGAUCGAACAGCUGAAGAUCAAGCACACCGAGGACAUGGACAUGCUUAACCGUAGACUCGAGGACGUGAUCGAGGAGCUGGAGCUCAAGAGCCAGGAGAUCACGAGCAUGCAGAACGAGCUCGAAGAGAAAACUGCUCUUGUAAGUAAGAGCAUGUCGGAGGAGGUGAAGCUAGGAUUGGAGACACAGCUGGCUGAGCUGAGCACGAAGCUGACAGAGGCAGAGGAUAAGGCGCACGCGCAGCUAGAGAAGAUGAAAAAGUACGCAGCGGUAGCUAAGAAAAAGACCGCCCAGUGCGAAGAACUGGAGACUAAACUGAGAGAACUAGAGGAAAGCCUGAAUUUGGAGAAGAUCGAGAAGGAGUUGAGGAACAGAGAACUCCACGAGGCUAUCGCUGGUCACCAAGAGAAGGACAAUCGAAUCGUCGAAAUGGAUGAAGAACUACGACGCAUUCAAGUCGAAAGAGACGAAGCUGUUCAGAACGUAGAGGCUAUAAAACAAGAGUUGCGCCAGGCAACGGACAAGCUGAGCACGAUGAACGAGGAAAUGCAGGAGCUGAGCGAGGCAAAGGACAAUGCGCGUGAGCUGGGCGUACGCAUGCAGGUUAUCGAGGCCGAAUACAUCGACCAGCUCGCCCAGAUCAAUUCGUUGCGAGCUGAGAACGGCAUCCUACUCUCGAAACAGACGCAGAUCAACGAGCGCCUGGAGAACGUGGAGAAGGAGUCGGAGGAACGCCGGGCGCAACUCGAGAAGUACGAGAAACAGAAGGAAAUCGAGGAAACCCAGAGGGCUGAGGCUGCCGUACAACAAGCCCAGACUUGCGGAGAGUGCGCUUCGAAGGUCCAGGCGUUGGAGGCAAAAUUACAGGAGCGAGACGCUGAGAUCGAGAAUCUGGAUAAUGAGUUGCACAACUCCAUUGGUAACCUAGUGCAGAUGCAGGAAAACCUCAGGCUCAGUACUAUUCCUGCAGCGCCCGACGCCUCUAUGCAAGAGUCUUACAACGAACUGAUGUUACAGUAUAAUGUACUGACGGCGACGAACGAGGAGAUGAAGGCAAAGUACGAGGCAACGUUGCACGAAAACGAAGAACUUCUUGAGCGCGUUGCUAGACUACAGGAGCUGAACGUUACGAUGCAGGAGAGGAUCGAGUCUGUAGAGAGAGAACUAGCGAGAGACAAGGAAGUGGCGGCUAGUUUCGACGAGACUCAUCAGCAGUACCAAGAGCUUAGAGAGAAGUAUGAACAACAGAGGUCGGAGUUAGAGACCGCUCAGAGUAAACUACGCGAGGCGAUUGCUUCAAGUGAAGCUUCGGAGAGAAACCUGCAGUCGACGAUCGAGCUGUUGCAGCAUGAAAAAGAGCAACUAGAAGAGGAGAAUAAGAACUUAAAAAUAGUGAAAGAUAACAAUAUUUUGUUGGACGAUAGCUGGGGUGAUGAUGCCUCGUCAUCGAUGAUUAAUGUGGAAGCUCAACCACAAAUACGACCGGAACCAGUUACCGAGACUAUGGAGCGGCACAAAAGAGAAGUCGAUCAAGCAGCUGUACCAGUAUCAGAAGAAUCUUCACAACCCCCACUCUUCGAUGCUUCGAUAUUUGGUGCCUCACCUCCUCAGCCUAGUAGCAGCAAGAACGCCCAGUUGGAAUUUGAAAUGGGACUUUUGAGAGACGAAGUAAGUGUACUUCGCAACCAAUUAGACCAAGCUAGGUCGGCCACAGAAGAAGUGCAAGCUCGCAUGGGCAACGAAAUUCAAGAGACUCGUGCUACUAUCGAUCAAUUGACAGAGCAACUGACAAGUUUAAACGCUCAACGAGAGGACCUCGCUAGAUUGGCAUCCGAUAGAGAAGCUGAGCUAAAGGCACUUCACGAUCAAUUUGCUGCUUCAAACCAAGCGAUUUUACAAAGUAGAAGCGAGUAUGAACAGUUAGUCGGUAAAUUGGAGCAGCUUCAAUCGGCGAACCAUGAGUUGUCUGCUGCCGAAGAGGUGUAUAAAAAUCGAGUGCACGAGUUGGAAACGGAGCUGAGAACUAGCGGUGAUAACGCCAGAAUAGCUGAACUGGAGAAUCGCUUAGCAAGGAUCACGAGCGAGCGAGACAUCCUACAGUUGCAGGUAAAUGACUCUACGAGGGCUUUCGAGGAUCUCAAGGAAGAAUCGAUGCAGGGUUUGAAGCAACUUCAGGCACGUAUCGAAACUCUCAUUCAAGAGAAGAAUCAAUUGACUCAGGAGCUCGAGACUCUUCGCGUUGCCAAGCCGGAAGCUGUGUCGGAACAAUUUGUACAAGCAGCUACGGCACCAGUUGCGGAAACUGUUCCAGCGCCGAAACUCGAGGCCGCUGCUAUGGGAGACUCCAUGUGGGAAGACGACGAGGAUCCUUGGGGCUUAAGCGAUAAAACCAUCCCGCACAGCGUCGAGCAGCAUGUAGAUAUUCCCAUGGUACUUAGCGCUGAGACUCAACUCAAGCUGCAAGUGGACGAACUCGAAGAAAAACUCAGAGAGCUCACUGAGGAGAACGCUAAGUUGAUAGAGGAAGGCAAAGUCGCUCAAGUGAAGAACGUCAAGUAUGUGAAGAAACUCAAGGAGUACAAGGUUCAGUUCGACAGUCUGCAGCGUCAACUAAAAUCGCAGAAGUCCAUGGGUGGUUUCGGCGAUCUUGACUCGGCCAUCGAGGAGGAGCUCAAGUCACAGGUCGAUGCCCUAGAGAAAGCUCUAACAGAGUCGAAGGCAGAGACUAAGAAGAUUGCCGCUGAGAAAGAAAAGCUCCUGAAUAGGAUCGACGUUCUUACGGCGGCGACGGAGAGAUUCACCGAAGCCAAAGAGAAGCAGGACACCGAGGUGCACAUCUGGCAGAUGCGCUACAAGGAGCUAGAGAUGAAGCUUCAGCAGUUGGACUUUGGCCCCGAAACCAAAGACUCUACGACUUCACCGCCUCAAGAGCGUGCAGAACGUGAUCCUAAGUACGAAGAAGAACUAAAAGAACUGAAGGACAGCGUUGAGGCGUUAGCAGCUGAAAACGAGGAACUGCAACAGCUGUUGGAGGAGAACCGCACGAAGCGGCAAACGUCCGUAGAGGAGAGCUCAAAGAAGACGAAUGAGUUAGAAGCUAAAAAUGUCGAACUCCUGAGCAAUAAUGAGAAGCUCAAAGGUGACUACGAGACUCUGAGGAAACAGUACGAGCAGAGCCUCAUGGAUGCCAACGAUCAAGUGCAAAGCAUGCGACAGAACUGCGAGCUCAUCAAGGCUGAGUACGUCGAGAAGACCUCGGAACACGAUAAAACAGUGGCUGAACUCAAUGAGCGAUUGCAGACCGUUUUAGAAGAAAAGACUCAACUGGAGGGUAAAGUUCAAGGCCUUGAGUCAGAAGUCGAGAGAAUCAAUAACGCGACAACUUACACGGAUGAGCUAUCAGAGCUGCUCAAUGCACGAGUACAGGAGGUCGCAGGUCUCAAAGAAGAGCUGCAACGUCUGCUACAGGAUAAAACACAGUUGGAGGAGAAUACGCGCGCAACGAUACAGCAGCUCACGGAGGAGCUGCACGAUAAGCAAGAUAAGUUCGAUGCUCUCAAUACCGCGAUCGCAGAGAAGGACGGCGAGAUUUUAAGACAGGCCGCUGAAUUAGAAGAGCUUAGAGGACUCGUGGACAAGGUAAAUGGGCUUGAGCUGUCGAUCGAGGGCUACACUACACAGGUGCAAGAACAGAACGAGGAGCUUGAGACACUCCGAGAUAAACUCAGGCAAUACGAGGUAGCUCUAACAGAGAAGGAGCAGCAGGUGAGCUCUCAGCAGUCGCAAUUACAGCAGUCAUUGAGCGAGACGCAGCAGUGCAAUACUCAGGUACAAGAGCAGCAUGAAUUAGCGCAAAGAUUGGCGGUGGCCGAGACUCACGUCGCAGAACUGACUCAAAGAUUAUCGGAGGCUGAAAAUCACAUCCAGAACCUCAACUCUGCUCUUAGUGAGAAGGAAGCUCAUCUCGCACAGGAUGGUGAAGAAUCGCGCAGACUGCAAGACGAACUGCAGGUCAAGGAGGCAGAAUUAGCGGAGGUGAAAAGCAAACUCGAGGCAGCGGUGCAGGCACAGGAGCAGGCAGCUAGUCAAGUUCGAAAGGAAAUCAGCAGCAUUCAGCAGCAGCCAUCAGUAAAGGUCAUCGACGAGCUGCCGGUGUUUACCUUCGGUAGCGACAACGACGAUAAGGAGUUGCAGAAUCUGAGAGCAGAAUUGAGGGCAAAGAACGAGGAGAUCGAGCAUCUGCAGUACGCUAUCAACGAAAGCCAGACGACGCGUAUCAUUCAGGAGCUGCAGGACAACAUCAACGCGCUAUACAACGAAAAGGCUGAGCUGGAGAGUCAAGUCAUUAGCAAAAACCAAGAAAUCAAUGGUCUUAAGUUUCAACUAGACGAACUCCGAUCUCAUCAACACCAACCUGUCAAGCGAUCGGCAGAGGAUCAAGAAGAACUGUUCAAACUCCAGAACGAGCUCCAUAUUCGUGAUCAAGAGCUGAACGAACUCCGAUACGUUGUGACGGAAAAAGAAUCCCAGCUCCGAGAAGCCCUGGAGCAAGCUUCCGGGAACGCCGAGCAGCAUGAGUCCGUUGAAAAGCUCAAGAGUGACCUGUACGAGAAACAGCAGGAGCUCGAGAAUCUUAAAUUCACAGUAUCGGACCUGCAAAGCGAGGUGGCGAAUCUCAGAGGACUGGAGAGGCUGGCAGGAGAGGACAGAGCAACCAUUGAGAGGUUGAGUUCGGAGAAGGAGGAAGUUAGGAGAGAGGCGCAAGAAGCCGUGGAGAGGGUUCUUCGGGAAAAGGAACAAGAAAUUGACAAUUUAAAACAGCAACUAGCAGCGGAGAAUCAGAGUCUCAUGGAAGCGCUAGGUUUACGCGAACGUGACAUAGAAAAUCUCAAGCUUCAAAUCGAGCAGACUGGCCUGGACAGAGACAGUCAACUGGACCAAAGGGCUGAUCAGGUAGCACAUCUCGAAGCCGAACUGUCGGAACGAGAUCGACGAUUAGCUGAAUUAAGCAUUACCAAGGACACAGAGAUUCACAAUAUUCGGGUCCAGUUGAGCGAGAAGAACGCGAGAUUUGAAGAGCUAGUUGCUUUAACUGAAGAAGAGGAGAGACAGUUGUCGGAGAUGAGGAAGUUACUGGAAGUAAAGGAACAGCAGAUCAAUGGACUCACACAGCAGCUCGAUGAAAAGAGCAAGGAGUACGAGCUUAUGCAGCAUGCUCUUCAGAGACAUGUAACUAAAUCUGACCAGUCUACUGAAAUCACACAGCAACAGUUAGAACAAAGUGCAAGUAGCGCAGCAGCGAUGGACGCAGCCAGUUCCUCAUCGGCCAACGAAUUGGAUUUAGCUUUGUACAUGUUGCACCAGCGGGACGUGCGCUGCGAAGAGUUGACUCACGAGCUUAUGCAGUUGUUGGAGGAGCGUGAUACGCUACAAUUAAGGUUGUCAAAUGCAAUUCGUGUAAACGAGGAGUUGAGAAAGUACGCGGCAGCGGCUGGCUCGAGCCCGAAGAAGGAUUCACCAAAGGCGCAAGAGUCUGAUGACUCUCAGGACGUACAGCCCCUUAUUCAGGAUCCUUCGCCUUCGAAAUCCGAAGGUCCAGUCGAGAUCGCCAAGGAAGCCAUAAACUCGCCCAUCGGCGAGGAUAAGAAGGCUCUUGCUCAGAAGCUGUCGCAGCUCAGAGGUGUGGACCAAGCCAGGGACGUGAGACUGAGAGAUGACCGUGAGCUUAGACAUUCGCAGCAAAUGUCUCUGCUCGUACACGGGGAUGUGCUGAGUAAAUUGCCGCCUGAAGCUGCUGCAAGACUGGUCAAUGCUAACCAUACACUGUCGCGGGAAGUUCAGAGUCAAUCGAGCGUUCUAAUGAACUGGCUGUGGGGAAAGAGCACACCGAAGGUAGUGCACAUGUGAUCGACGAAGAGUAUGAGCAGCAGCUACCGAAGCAGUAAUAAUGACGCCGACCUCUUCUUCGCCCAUUUUCAAUUAACAUUCCACCGCAGAGUGGAAGAGGAGUCCAAGGCCAAAGAUCAUCUCCCGUCAAGAGCGCGCCGUGCGCAUCGACUGCGACUACCGAGCCGCACUCGACAGCGAGACUUCGCGUCGCGUCGAGCGUGAUCGAUUCUUUGCUGUCGUGCAAAUCUUUUGAGGAGGCCCUCGCAAACCUUUGCAGGGCUUCAUCUUAGUAGUCGUGCUUCCCGCCGCCGCGACGAUGCGAAAAAUACGCGCGGGCAGCGCGACUAUCGCCGUCUGUGACUGUCCGCCGAUGAAUACGCGUCGAUUGUAUAAUAUUAUACUGUAAUGAAAGAGAAAAAAUAUCGAGAAGGAAAAUGAAAAAAACGUAUAACACGCGAUAUUGUAUGAUAGAGAGACCUUUAACGGGUCGUUAAUGUAGACGCGAUAAAAAAAUUGUUUAUUUAAGAGCGAGUUGCCUUUGAAAAGUGGAAUGAGAGUCAAAAAAAAAAAAAAAAAAUAAUUGUACAUUUGAUUAUUUUAAAAGAGUAACGUCUUGGACGAUUUUUUGAGAGACGAGAAACGUAAUAUAUAUGUACCAGUCUAAAGACAUCGGGGCAAGCCCCUCGAGCAGACGCGCUUUCAAAAUGUUUCAUUCUUUUUGUACGGACUUGUAAAGCCUCGCCAACGACGUCAGAGCCAGCAGGCGACAGCGCGCCCGCUCGAGGGUUGCAAUACUAUAUGUAUACAUGUAAUCAUAAUGGUGACCGCACCGUUCUUAUUUUUAUUGUAUAAUUACAGCUAAAGUAAUGCUAAUGAGAAAGCAAAAAAUAAGAAAAAUGCCGCGUUGUUGAUAAUAAUAAUGAAUAUUGUAAUGGAGACAUUGCAUGGUUCGCGCCGAGGACGCAGUUACUGAGCUGAACCGCGUCUCAGUUUUGUACAGAUUGAUUAUAAAAAAAAAGAAAGUUUGCCGAUUUGGAAAUAAAUGAGCCUUGCUAGGCUUUUAUUAUAUAUAUCUAUAUAUACAA